AUGGCACAGUUCGUAACCCAAGAAAUUAUGGGUACAACCCUAGAAACUACCAAUAGGUAUUCGGACUUGAAACCACGAGACAUUGGUGCCUCUGGCAUAGUCUGUUCAGCGCACGAUACGGUGGCAAACCAAACAGUCGCGAUAAAGAAAAUAGCGAAGCCGUUCGAGCAUACCGGGGUGGCCAGGCGCGCCUAUCGUGAGGUUCAUCUGUUAAGUAAUAUGCGACAUGACAACUUGAUCAACAUGAGAGAUAUCUUCAUCUCUCCUUCAGAGGACCUAUAUAUUGUGACCGACUGCAUCCAAACAAACCUUUAUCAUGUCAUCCGGUCUAGGUCAAAGUCAUUGGAGGGUCAAUUCGUGCAAUUCUUCACAUAUCAGCUGCUGCGAGGGUUAAAAUAUCUCCAUUCAGCCGGCGUCAUUCAUCGCGACCUGAAGCCUAGCAAUCUUCUGAUCAACGACAACUGCGAUUUGAAAAUAUGUGAUUUCGGACUGGCUCGAGAGCAGGACCACAAAAUGACCGGCUAUGUCACUACACGAUACUACCGAGCACCAGAGAUCAUGUUGACAUGGCAGAAAUACAGCUAUGCUGUAGACAUUUGGAGUGUCGGGUGCAUUUUGGCGGAAAUGAUCUCAGGAGAGACGCUCUUCCCUGGAAAAGACCAUGUGCACCAAUUUACUCUUAUCGCUGAGACCUUGGGCAAACCACCCAAAGAGGUCAUGGAAAGAGUGUAUAGCAAGAGUACAUUGAAAUUUGUGGAAAAUCUGCCUGAACCGAAGCCAUGUCCACUUUCAUCUCGCUUUAAAGAUGCUGACCCUCAAGCAAUCGAUCUCUUAGAGAAAAUGCUCAAUCUCGACCCGGAAAAGAGAAUAACUGCGGCCGACGCUCUCAUGCAUCCAUACCUGUCAACAUACCAGGACUCUGAAGACGAACCCGCUUUUGACAAUGAACUUAGUUGGUCUCUUUUGGAGUCAGAGCUAUCAGCGGACGAGUGGAAGACCAAUAUGUACUUCGAGGUGUUGGAUUAUCACCGCGGUGCUUGUGAUGGGCAAGACAAGGAUGUUCCCACCACCAAAGUAAACCUUAACAAGUUGCCUAAUGAGAUGAUGAUGGAAACUUACUGA